AUGGGAUUAAGAGGUACGCUGCCUCCAGAACUGGGAAGCCUCUCUCAGCUCCGGACUCUCAGCGUCCACGAUAAUGGCAUGGAUGGUCCCGUACCUCCUGCCUUUGGUAAGCUGCGUCAGCUGGAAGUUCUCGACUUGGGAGGGAACUUAUUCUCCGGACCACUGCCAUCGUUGCUUGCUCAGCUCGCAUCCACACUGCAAACGCUGGAUCUGACAGGUUAUAGAUUUGAGGGACCGAUUCCAUCCGUAGUUGGGAAACUUACCAGCUUGAGGUACCUCAUCCUUGAAAGGGCCGACGGCUCAGGCCGCAUUCCGUCGUUCCUCGCCAAGCUCGAGAAACUUCUUGUCUUGAAUCUCAGAUCAAGCUUGUUCACAGGCUCCAUUCCUUCCUUCUUGAGGAAACUGAAAAGCCUUGAGCAGCUCGAUCUCUCGGACUCUUCCAAGCUCACAGGUUCCAUUCCUUCGUCUUUGGGGGAGCUGAAAUGCCUCCAACGUCUCGAUCUCUCGCGCAUUUCCCAGCUCACAGGAUCCAUUCCGAAGAGCCUCGGCGACCUCCAAAACUUGGAGUAUCUCGACUUAAGUGUCACCAUGCUGUCCGGCUCCAUUCCUCCAUCGCUAGGCAAGCUUGCCAGCUUUGAGACGUUGAAGAUAUCAGGCACCAACGUCGCUGGACGAUGCCCCGACACGCUCGGCAACCUCAAGAAGCUCAAGGUACUGGACCUUUCUUUCAACAGAGGUAUGCAUGGCCCCAUUCCGAGCUCUUUCGGCCAGUUCGCUUCCCUGGAAGAACUUUGGCUGUCUGGCGCUGGGCUUACCGGACAAAUACCGAGUUCUCUCGGCCGUCUUAGCAAACUUGUCAAGCUGGAUAUCUCGUCCAACUCAUUCAGCGGCAGCAUCCCCUAGUCUCUAGGCCUUCUCUCCAAUCUGGGCCUCGGCAAGCCAGCU